GAGUGUUGAGGCAGCUGAUUUUGAAUAAGAGAGAGAGAGACCGGGACGGAGACAGAGAGACAGAGAGAGAAAGACUAUUUAUCUUGAAGUCUUUAUUGUUCAGGCAUUGGAUAAAAUGGUGCCCACCAUUUUUCUGAGCACCUUUUUGCUUCAUUUUACUGUUGCUGUGGCUUCAAAACCGCAAUAUAUCCUAUGGAUCUCCUCUGUGAUACAGAGUCAUUCUACAGAAAAGGCUUGUCUCCACCUUAUAAAUCUUAAUGAAUCUCUAUCCUUGAGCGUUGUCUUAGAAUAUGAUGGAUUCAAUACCACCAUUUUUGACCAGUCAGUGGAAGAGGAUAACUUCUAUGCUUGUGCAAAUUUCAAGGUUUCUCAGAAGUCCUCGGAACAGUUGGCUUUUGUGACAUUGUUGGCUAAGGGAGAUACUCUUAAAAUUUAUGAGAGGAGAUCUGUAGCACUUACUUCAGAAGAGACGGUAACCUUUGUGCAGACAGAUAAACCCAUCUAUAAACCUGGAGAGAAAGUUCGAGUUCGCAUUGUGACACUGGAUACCAAGUUCAUACCUAUUGAGGAUCUGUUUCCUUUGAUCACACUUCAGGAUCCUCAAGACAAUAGGAUUUUUCAAUGGCAAAAUGUGACUUCUUUUCAAAAUAUUACCCAACUCUCGUUCCAGUUGAUUUCAGAACCAAUGUUUGGAGAUUACUCUUUUGUUGUGAAAAGAAAAUCAGGAAAGAUGGUGACACACCAAUUUACUGUUGAUAGAUAUGUGUUGCCGAAGUUUGAAGUUAAGGUCAGUGCGCCACAAACAGUAACUAUUUCAGAUGAUGAAUUUCAAGUGGAUGCAUGUGCUGAGUACACCUAUGGCCAACCUGUGCAAGGGAAAGCCCAAAUCCGAGUGUGCAGAGAAUUUUCUUCCUCUAGGAAUUGUGAGAAUGACAACAAUGAAAUAUGUGAACAAUUUAUUGCACAGUUGACUAAUGGUUGUGUUUCUCAAAUUGUAAAUACAAAAGUCUUCCAACUCUACCGUUCUGGACUUUUCAUGUCAUUUUAUGUCACUGUAACUGUUACGGAAUUCGGGACAGGUGUGCAGAUCAGUGAAAAGACUUCCAUUUCUAUCACUCAAUUGCUUGGGAGUGUGAACUUUGAGAACAUGGACCCUUUCUAUAGAAGAGGAAUUUCUUAUUUUGGAACUCUUAAAUUUACUGGUCCUAAUAAUGUACCGAUGGUGAACAAGUUAUUGCAAUUGGAGCUUGCUGACAAACUUAUAGGAAAUUACACCACAGAUGAGAACGGUGAAGCUCAAUUUUCCAUUGACACUUCAGAUAUAUUCGAUCCACAGCUCAACCUGAAAGCCACAUAUAUUCGACCUCAAACCUGUUAUCUUCCCAGCUGGUUGACACCUGAGUAUGUGGAUGCUUAUUUCACAGUUCCACGCUUUUACUCCCGAACCAACAGCUUCCUGAAGAUUGUACCUGAACCAAAGCAGCUUGGAUGCAAUCAACAGAAGAUUGUGACUGUGCAUUACUUGCUGAACAGUGAAGCAUAUGGGGAUGAUUCCAGUAUAAAUUUCUUUUAUUUGAUAAUGGUAAAAGGAGCUGUCUUCCUCAGUGGACAAAAAGAAAUCAGAAACAAAGCCUGGAAUGGAAACUUCUCGUUCCCUAUCAACAUCAGUGCUGAUCUGGCUCCUGUGGCUGUUGUGCUGGUCUACACCAUUCACCCCAGCGGGGAAAUUGUGGCUGACAGUGUCAGAUUCCAGGUUGACAAGUGCUUUAAAAACAAGGUUAGCAUAAAGUUCUCUAAGGAGCAGGGCCUACCUGGCUCUGAUAUUGGUCUCUGUCUUCAAGCAGCCCCUGACUCAUUCUGUGCGCUCCGGGCUGUGGACAAAAGUGUUCUUCUCCUGAAAUCGGAAAAGCAGCUGUCAGCUGAAAGUGUAUACAACCUGCUUCCAAAUAUAGAACUACAUGGUUAUUUCUAUCAUGGUCUCAACCUUGAUGAUGGCAAGCUAGACCCUUGCAUUCCUCAGAAGGAUAUAUUUUACAAUGGUUUAUAUUAUAUACCUGUAAGCAACAACGGGGAUGGAGACAUCUAUGAUAUUGUCAAGGAUAUGAGUCUGAAAGUCUUUACUAAUCUCCAUUACCGGAAACCAGAAGUAUGUUCAGUGGAGAGGAUGCCGUUGGUGAGGCCAUUAUAUCUAGGACCAGGAGGCUCUGCACUGAUGUACAGUGUCCCAUCUAGAAUUGCAUUGGACAUUUUUCUUUUAGCUAGUGGAGUCAUGGAGGAGAAUUUUAACCCCGUAGAACAGGCUAUAAUGGAAACAGUAAGAACAAACUUUCCAGAGACAUGGAUAUGGGACCUCAUCAGUGUCAAUUCCUCAGGUUCAGCAAAUCUUUCAUUCCUCGUCCCUGACACCAUAACCCAAUGGGAGGCAAAUGGCUUCUGUGUGAAUGGUGAUGCUGGAUUUGGCAUUUCGUCAACAACUACUCUGGAAGUCUUCCAGUCUUUCUUUGUUGAAAUGACCUUGCCCUUUUCAGUUGUUCGAAAUGAACAAUCUGAUUUGAUUGUCAAUGUCUUCAGCUACCUGAAUUCAUGUGUAGAGAUAUCUGUUCAACUGGAAGCGUCUCCGAAUUUCGAGGCAAAUAUCAGCACCCCCAAAAACAAUGGCAGUGAAAUUAUCCAAGCUGGAGAAAGGAAAACAUAUGUCUGGACUCUUAAACCUAAGAAACUAGGUGAAAUCAACAUCACUGUAGUUGCUGAGUCCAAACAAAGUAGUUCUUGCCCAAGUGACGCAACUGAGCAGCAAAAUCUACACUGGAAAGACACUGUGAUCAAAAGUUUGUUGGUAGAGCCUGAAGGUAUUGAAAAAGAAAUGACUCAAAGUUUCCUUAUCUGUACAAACGGUACCAAAGCCUCCAGGCAGAUAGUUUUGAACUUGCCAAACAGUGUAGUAGAAGGAUCAGCCAGGGCCUUUUUCACUGUUGUGGGGGAUAUUCUAGGACUUGCAAUGCAGAACCUGGAGAAUCUUCUCCAAAUGCCCUAUGGAUGUGGAGAGCAGAAUAUUGCCCUACUGGCAUCUGAUACCUAUAUCCUUGACUAUCUGAAAGCUACUAAGCAAUUGACAGAGGAAGUUAAAUCUAAGGCUAUCUUUUUCUUAUCCAACGGUUAUCAAAAGCAGUUGUCUUUCAAAAACUUUGAUGGUUCAUAUAGUGUGUUUUGGCACAGGAAUCAAGAAGGAAGCAUAUGGCUCAGUGCUCUUACUUUUAAGACAUUAGAGGGAAUGAAGAAAUAUGUUUUCAUUGAUGAACAAGUUCAAAAACAGACCUUGAUCUGGCUUGCAAGCCAACAGAAAGGAAAUGGCUGCUUUAAAAGCGAUGGCAAGUUUUUCAACAAUGCCUGGGAGAGUGGAGAUGAAGAGGACAUUUUACUCACUGCGUAUAUUGUUGGAGCGUUCCUGGAAGCUGGGCUCGAUUUAACUUUUCCUGCUCUACGAAAUGGGCUCUUUUGCCUAGAGGAGGCGUUGGAAAAUGGCAUCACUAACGGCUAUAAUCAGGCAGUUCUAGCUUAUGCUUUUGCAUUAGCUGGAAAAGAGGAGCAAGUGGAAUCCUUACUCCAGAUCCUGGAUCAAUCUGCUACAAAAAUAAAUAAUGUGAUAUAUUGGGAAAGAGCAAAGAAACCCGAGACGGAAGCAUCCUCAUCCUUUAUUCCUCGAGCACCUUCUGCUGAGACUGAGAAGACUUGCUAUGUGCUGUUGGCUGUCGUUUCCCAGAAAACUCCUGACCUGACCUAUGCUAGUAAGAUUGUGCAGUGGCUUGCCCAACAGAUGAAUUCCCAUGGAGGAUUCUCUUCCACUCAGGACACUGCCGUCUGUCUCCUUGCCGUAACCCGCUACAUGAAGCUCACAUUCUCUAAUGGUCAAAACACCGUCACCUUUAGCGGUGAAGAAUCCAGUGAGACUUUCCAGGUUAACAGUGACAACCGCUUGCUAGUCCAACGUUCAGAACUAAGAAAAGUGCGUGGACAAUACGCAGUAGUCGUGGAAGGACAAGGUUGUACAUUUAUCCAGGCCAGCCUAAGGUACAAUGUGCUUCUACCUAAGACGGCAUCUGGAUUUUUCCUUUCCUUGGAAAUGGUAAAGAACAACUCUUCAGAUACGUUCCAGAGUAAUUUCGACCUGACAGUAACCCUCAGAUAUACUGGAAUUCGCAAUAACUCCAAUAUGGUUGUUGUUGAUGUAAAAAUGCUAUCAGGAUUUACUCCAGUCAUGGCAUCCACUGAGGAGCUUGAAAACAAUGGCCAAGUGAUGAAGACUGAAGUCAAGAAUGACCAUGUUCUGUUCUACUUGGAAAAUGUUUCUGGUACAGCAAAGAGUUUCACUUUCUCUGUUGAGCAAACCAACCGUGUGUCCAACAUUCAGCCAGCCCUAGUCAUAGUCUACGAUUAUUAUGAAAAAGAUGAAUAUGCUUUUGUUUCUUACAAUAUCAACAAUGUUUCAGUUUCCUAGUGAGACAAAACAACGCACAGGACAAGGUGGAAUGCUAUUUACUUUGAACAAACUCACUCUUCUGUAUCAAACCUGGAAGAAAAUCAUGAACCACCUCACAUCCUGAAUAGUCUGCAAUAUGCUAUGACUUCUUAUCAGAUUUUAUUUCUCUAUUACUCCAUUAAAUACUAUGAUUUU